UCGAGGAGUGCAUUCGUGUUUACAUUGUGUGUGUUUCAGCUGCUUUGGCAUACAUUCAAAGUGAAAUUGUUGCUCGAGCAGGGUGUUUAGAAAGCCAACAAAAUUGCACACCUAUUGGAAAAUCCCCUUCAUAAUCAACCACCGCUCUCUGGUGGCGCUGAACGUCUGGGGGUAGAUUUCGAUUUCUACAACGUGGCUUCCAGCAAGAUUCAUCCCAGCCCGGGGGCGGCGCGGAGUGUGUGGGCGCUUCCCCUGACGGCCUCCUCGUCAUGCAACAUGGUCGUGGCGGAGGAACACCCCCACGCCGAGGACAUCGAUAUCGACCAUCGCCCGCACUCGCCGCCACUCACGAGUCGCGGUGCUGGCGGCAAUCAUGGACCCAGCAACGAGGACCACGACAGCGUGCUGCUGUUCGAGGGCCUGGAUGGGGCGACGACCGUCAACCUGGACGACAUCUUUGACAUCAUCAAGAACGGGGAGGUCAGCGAGGUGGAGAAUCUGGUGGAUAAGUUCGGCAUGGAGUGCCUGUCGGCCAGGGACCGUCACGGCUACACACCCGCCCACUGGAUCGCCCUCAAUGGCAAUGUCCAGCUGAUGCGUUACCUCAUCGAGCGCACAGCUCCGAUUGAUCUGCCCUGCCUGGGCACCCAGGGACCGCGACCCAUUCACUGGGCGUGCCGAAAGGGUCAUGCCUCGGUGGUGCAGGUGCUGCUGCAGGCGGGCGUCGCUGUAAAUGCUGCAGACUUCAAGGGCCUGACGCCGCUCCAUUUGGCUUGCAUGUACGGACGCACAGCGACGGCUGCCUACCUCCUGGGCAUGGGUGCACUCAACAAUCUGACGGACAUCAACGGCGACACGGCACUGCAUUGGGCGGCCUACAAGGGACACGCAGAUCUGAUGCGCCUCCUCAUGUACUCCGGCGUGGAGCUGCAGAAGACGGACAACUUUGGCUCGACGCCGCUGCAUUUGGCGUGUCUGUCCGGGAACAUGACCUGCGUGCGUCUGCUGUGCGAGAAGUCUCAGGUGGAUCUAGAACCGAGGGACAAGAAUGGCAAGACGCCGAUAAUGCUGGCACAGGCGCAUCAGCACCAGGAUGUGGUGCGGCUGCUCUAUGGUGAGGUGAAGAAGAAGUCACGCUGGAUUCCCUCCGUCUCGGAGAGCUGGGGCUGGCUCUUUGGCGGCGCCGGCGACUCCAAGGGACCGCUCUUUCUCUUCCUGUUCUCCGUGCUGCUGUGGGGCUACCCCAUGUACAUGAUACGCGCCAUUCCCAUCACCUGGAACAUACUGCGCCGUUCGCACUAUUGCUUCAUCUACUGGAACGCCGUCAUGUGGAUUAGCUGGGCGAUUGCCAACCGGCGGGAUCCCGGCUACAUUCCACUCAGCUCGGACGCGUACUAUCGUGCCAUCAAGCAGAUUCCGUACUUUGACAAGCUGAAGAAGCGCAACGUGAUGCUCACGAGACUCUGCCACAGCUGCCGCUGCCUGCGUCCACUCCGUGCCAAGCACUGCCGUGUGUGCAAUCGCUGCGUCUCCUACUUCGAUCAUCACUGUCCGUUCAUCUACAAUUGUGUGGGGCUAAGGAAUCGCAUGUGGUUCUUCUUGUUUGUGCUGUCGGUGGCUGUGAAUUGUUCGUUUACCAUUUACUUUGCCUGCUACUGUGUGAUGAUUGAGGGCUUCACCUUGCUCUAUGUGCUGGGACUCAUCGAGGCGGUUGUGUUCUGCGGCUUGGGCUGGAUACUAACCUGCACUUCGAUUCUCCAUGCUUGCAUGAAUCUCACAACGAACGAAAUGUUCAACUACAAGCGUUAUCCAUAUCUGCGGGAUAAGCGUGGUCGCUAUCAGAAUCCGUUUUCGCGCGGUCCCAUACUCAAUCUGUUGGAGUUCUUUGUCUGCCUGCCGGAUCGAGGAGAUGACAACGAUCUGCUGUUGGAGGAUAACAUUUGAUUAAGGAUAUAGGAUCGAGCUCCGGCUCGCCGGCGCAAGGUGCCCGUGCGUGGAUAAUGAAGAGAGACGGCAGCCCAUAACCCCAUCGGGUAGGCUGCCCCGAAAAGCUUUUGCCUGGUUUUAUCAUCUACAAAUUGCAAGGAAAGAUGUCGCACGUUGCCCGGCCAGGGCAUCAUCCAUCUUUCUGCUUUGGUAUCCAAGCAUCUCGGACUGCCGAUCGAUCAACGCUUCAUUCCAACCUCAAUUAAGCCUUUAGCCUUUUGAUAAGAAUUACGCUUGAAUCUCUUGUUAAUUUUUUGUACAAAAAAAAUUGUUAUACAUAACUCGUGU